AGUACCCAAAUUAUGAGAAUCUAUGCAAAUCUAUCGCCAAAUAAAUUUUUCGGUACUUGAAAGCUGAGUAGGACGGACUGAAUAAGAUCCAAUGACAGAUGAUGUUUACAACAGAACAACUUCAUGUGGUGCUAAUUCGUGGUGCAUUCCUUUCAAAAGAAUGACUGUGAUGGUCCUAGUCAUGCGGUACUCAAUCUUGAAAGUAGAGUAAGGCUGGCUGAUUCUAGCCUUCGAUCGGCUUUCAAGCAAAACAAAGAUAGAGUUGCCCACAUGAACUGUGAUUUUUGCAAGUCAUGAUACAGUUGUUUCCUAGAUAGAGUUCUUCUAGCUAAGUCAUGUUUCAAAAGAAAUAGAAUCAUGAUACAGUUGUUUCAAAAGAAAUGGAAACGAUGUUUCUGAUACAUCCUGCUGAAUCUUGAAACCUUAAUAAUGGUUCAUGUUUUCCUUUAGACUUUAGUACCAUUUAGUGAAAAAAAGAGUUAAAUGGAUUAGUCAAUCACCCAAUAAAGUUCAUACUUAAUCUGUAUACCUUAGCCUGAAUAUUUCUUUACUUAUCAUUUUUUAUCCCCCUAAUUCCCCGUAUUUUUUUGCUCCUUGCAAACUUUCAUUUUAGGGUUUAUAACUGUUCACAGAUUCAUAUUCCUUGUUCAGAUGGCAGCUUACAGCAUUCAGGAGGCCCUCAGUUGGAAAGAAAAACUUGAAUCUAUUAUUGAUCAGCAGCAAGGGGCACAUUCUACUCAUGGUAACAAGUACUAUUCUUUUGAGUAUAGAUAUGGCUUGGAUAAUGGGAGAAAUGCUUCAUCAUCAGACCGUGAUGCUGCAGAAGAUGAUGAUGAUGAUUGUCGCCCAGAUUCUCCACACAGAACGAUAGGAAAUGGUCCCCCUGAAUCUGUUUUAGACUGGACAGAUGAAUUGGAUUCAAAUUUACCCAAUCAGAAUUAUAACAGUCGGGCCUUUUCUAGAAAACACUGGCGCCUCCUUCAGUGCCAAAAUGGGCUUCGAAUUUUUGAGGAGCUUCUUGAAGUUGAUCUUCUUCCAAAGAGCUGCAGCAAAGCAAUGAAAGUUGUUGGGAUAGUUGAGGCUACUUGUGAAGAAACAUUUGAGCUGAUAAUGAGAAUGGAUGCUACGCGAUGCGAGUGGGAUUGCAGUUUUCAGUAUGGUAGCUUGGUUGAAGAAGUAGAUGGACAUACUGCUAUUCUAUACCAAAGGCUUCAGUUGGAUUGGUUUUCAAUGUUUGUAUGGCCUCGUGACCUCUGCUAUGUACGCUAUUGGCGUCGAAAUGAUGAUGGGACUUAUGUUGUAUUGUUUCGCUCUAGGGAGCAUGAAAGUUGUGGUCGACAACCAGGAUAUGUGCGGGCUCAUAUUGAGAGUGGAGGCUUUAAUAUAUCACGUCUAAAGCCUCGUGGUGGCAGGCCUAGAACAAAGGUCCAGCAUCUUAUGCAAAUUGAUCUUAGAGGCUGGGGAGCCGGUUAUUUUUCAUCAUUUCAGCAUCACUGUCUUUUUCAGAUGUUAAAUAGUGUUGCUGGAUUACGAGAAUAUUUUUCUCAAACGGAUGAAAGGGCAAUAGCUCCUAGGAUGCCAGUUAUGGUUAACAUGACAUCAGCUUCCGAUUCUUCAAAGAGAAGUAAAAGAUUCCAGUCAACUUCCUUUUGCCUCCCCAAUUCUUCAAACAGGAUGAUGGAUGAAUACUCAGAUGAUGAUGAAGAUUUUCAGUUUGCUGAUGAAGAGGCUUCUGCGCCUGAUGACAAAAAAAAUGAAGCCUCUGAAGAAGAACCUGAACAAGACAUGACCUUUUACUUUGGUAACCUUCGCCGCAAUGAUCAGGAUAAUGCCCGAUACUGCUGGACAUUAUCUGAUGGGAACAACUUUAGAGUACGCGGUAAGAAUUUCUGCAGCGGCAAAUCAAAGACUGCUAGCGGUAAGCCACUUAUGGAUCUUGUUGCCGCGGACUGGUUCAAAAGUACAAAACGGAUAGAUCAUGUCGCCCAACGCCUUGGGUGUGCAGCACAAGUUGCAGCAGAUGGAGGGCAUUUCUCUAUUGCUCUUAAUCUCCAAAUACGUGGAUCCACACACUACAGCAUGGUUUUUUACUUUGUAACUAAGAAGUUAGUACCAGGAUCUCUCUUGCAACGGUUUGUUGAUGGGGAUGAUGAAUUCCGCAAUAGUCGACUGAAGCUUAUUCCAUCAGUAUCAAAGGGCUCUUGGAUUGUGCGUCAGAGUGUUGGGAGCACUCCUUGUUUACUAGGAAAAUCAGUUGAUUGCACCUACAUCCGCGGCCCCAGUUACUUGGAAAUCGAUGUUGAUAUCGGUUCCUCCACUAUGGCAAAUGGAGUUUUGGGGCUUGUGAUUGGUGUUAUUACAACGUUAGUUGUAGACAUGGCAUUUAUUGUACAGGCUAACACGCCGGAGGAGUUACCGGAGCGAUUAAUCGGCGCUGUCCGAAUUUCUCAUCUAGAAUUGUCAUCGGCAAGAGAGCUCAGAGAGGAAGAUGAUUUUUGAUUCAAAUCAAGUUAGAAUGACCCAAUUUCAGUUCUCAACUACAGGCGGCAAUAUUAUCUUGAGAUAUUAUUUUACUGGCGCCUGCUAUUUUUGUUAAAUGCUUGCUGCACUUAUUCAUAGUGCAUUUUCCCGUCGAUCACAUUGUCAUUAUUCGUUUAUUAAUUUUUUAAUUUUUUACGACUGUAAAUAGAAGUAUAGAACUGAUUUUGAUUCUUGGUGUAUUUUGUUGAUGAAGAUGUAGUCUGUCUUUGAUACAACUUUCUUGUGAAAAAUCAUACUCUGGGAAUAAUA